CAGGCAGGAACAGAUAACAGACAUUUUACAAAAACAAGUUUUAUUCCUCUGUAAUAAAACAAAAGACUGAAGUCAAAUUUAAAUAGUAUAUGUAAGAGUUAAAGUUGUGUUUGGUUUCAGCUAAAGUUGAACAUACCUGAAAACUCAACCUGAACCAGGAAAUACCUUCAAACUGAACAAGCCUGUAAAAACAAAUGACUCUUGUUCGUUCUUCAGUUUAACUCCAACACACUGAACAUGGUGGCGAAGCUAGUGAUCCUGUUCCUCCUUUUUCACGCUGCAUCUACAGUGAGCCAUAUGCUGAAGUAUUUGGGCACUGGAACCUCUGGAAACCCAGACAUCGCAGAAUUUAUGUUUGUUUUAGAAGUUGAUGACACAGAGGUGCUUUAUUGUGACGCCAGCAAGAAGAUAGUAGAACCAAGACAGGACGGUGUGAAAAAAAUGCUUGAUGACAACCCUGGCGCACAGAGGGAGUACACUCAAGAGUGUUUUGAGCAUCAGCCAGGCAUUUACCAAAACUCGAUUUCUAAUUUAAAGCAGCUGUUAAACCAAAGUGGAGGUGUUCACAUUUUACAGUGUAUGAUUGGCUCUGAAGUGAAUGAAAACUCUGGAGAGGUAAAAGGCUUUUUACAGUUAGGUUACAAUGGAGAAGGCUAUCUGGAAUUUGAUCUAAAGACAAUGUCGUGGAUCCCACUGAAACCAGAGUUUAACAUUGUCAAACAGACAAUGGAUGGUGACAGAAAUCUAAUUAAAUACCUUGGAAACCUCUUUGGUACAAUUUUUCUAGAGAGAUUGAAGAUGUUCUUGGAUUAUGGGAGCAGCUCCUUGAACAAAACAGUUCUUCCCCCAGUGUCUCUCCUCCAGAAGACUCCCUCCUCUCCAGUCAGCUGCCAUGCUACAGGUUUCUACCCUGACAGAGCUGCGAUUUUCUGGAGGAAAGAUGGAGUGGAGAUUCAUGAAGGUGUGGAUCCUGGAGAGAUCCUCCCCAACAAUGAUGAGACCUUCCAGAUGAGUGUUGAUCUCAAUAUUUCAUCAGUCACACCUGAAGACUGGAGGCGAUACGACUGUGUGUUUCAGCUCUCUGGUGUGAGCGAGGACAUCAUCAUCAAACUGAAUAAAACAAUUAUCAAAACGAACUUGGUGAACAACAAAACACAUAUUGAUGCAGAGUUGCCCAUCAUUAUUGCAGCCUUUGUUCUUGUUUUGAUCAUCAUUGUUGCCAUUGGAAUUGUUGCUUACAAAAAAAAGAAAGAAAGCCAUCCAUCACCUUCUCCUAGCAUCAUCAUAGAAUUGAAUGGGAGAUCUGGUACAGAAUCACCGGACUCAGCACAGAGAUCUGGUACAGAAUCACCGGACUCAGCACAGAGAUUGGCUACAGAAUCACCAGACUCUGCACAGAAAUUGGCUACAGAAUCACCGGACUCUGCACAGAGAUUGGCUACAGAAUCACCAGACUCUGCACAGAAAUUGGCUACAGAAUCACCGGACUCUGCACAGAGAUCUGGUACAGAAUCACCGGACUCUGCACAGAGAUCUGGUACAGAAUCACCGGACUCUGCACAGUCUUAACAUCUCCAGUUACACAAGAACAAGAUGAUUUUUAUAUUUACUUUAAGAUUUGUUAUACUUUAAAAAUAUUACAUACCUUUAUUGUUUUACAAUUAAAGUGAACAUAAAAUACCACAUUUAUAAAGGCUAACUUCCACCGUUGAGCCCUAAUCUUAAAAAAGUCUAGAUAUAGAUAUAACAUUGUCUGAAGCUAUAUUUAAGAAACAAGUGUUGAUAUAAGCAUUAAUUUCAAUAUUUUAGAUUAUAUUUAAUGCCAGAAUGUGAUAUCACUAGGUUGGCUGGUUGCUGCUGAUAGACUACCACUUUAUACAAGUUGCCCUAUUCACUCAUUCAUUCAUAUGCUUUUUCAACAUAAGUGCUUUACAUCUAACAUUCACACACAUUCACACUUUGAGCCAUGGCUCCUCCAGUCUCCUCCAGCCAAAUAUCUUUGGGUAAGAUACUAAACCAAAUUUGCUUUGUGGUGCAUCCAUCAAGCUACCAACCUUAUGAUUAGUAGAUGACCCAAUCCACCUCAUGAACUAUAACCAGUAAGCAAGGUGUUUUUCCUUGUAAGCCAGCUGAUGUGAGUUAAUAAUGAAGACCAUGGCUGUGUCCCAAUUCAGAGACACAGCCAAGAGACACAGCCAAGAGACACAGUGUACACACACUACGUGUACGUAGUGUGUGUGUACUAUAAGUACUAUAGUAGUACGUAGUACUACUAU